GCCCUGUUCAAUAACGCAGGUUCCUGUUCAAUAACUCCAUUCCGUGUCCCUGUUCAAUAAGCGAAGGCAGUGUUCGAUUAAUCCGCUCCGGGUUUUAUGUGCGCUCCCCCUCCUUUCUCCUGAACUCCAGCCCCUCGCUCUCUCUCUAUCAGCCUCUCACUCCGUCUCAAUAUGUCUCAAGAUGGCGGCCAAUGCGGGAUCGAUGUUUCAAUAUUGGAAGCGCUUUGAUUUACAGCAGCUGCAGAGAGAACUCGACACCACAGCCACCGUAUUGGCCAACCGACAGGAUGAGAGCGAGCAGUCCAGAAAAAAGCUUAUUGACCAGAGCCGUGAGUUCAAGAAAAACACACCAGAGGAUCUGCGAAAGCAGGCAGCUCCACUUCUGAAGAGCUUCCAAGCAGAGAUUGACGCGUUGAGUAAAAGAAGUAAAGAAGCAGAGGCAGCCUUCUUGAACGUGUACAAAAGAUUAAUCGAUGUCCCUGAUCCGGUGCCAGCACUAGACCUGGGCCAGCAGCUCCAGCUGAAGGUGCAACGCAUGCACGACAUUGAGACCGAGAACCAGAAGCUGCGCGAGACGCUGGAGGAGUACAACAAGGAAUUCGCCGAGGUCAAGAAUCAGGAAGUCACAAUUAAAGCACUUAAAGAGAAGAUCCGGGAGUACGAGCAGACACUGAAGACCCAGGCAGAGACCCUCGCGCUUGAGAAGGAACAGCAACUACAAAACGACUAUGCAGAGAAGGAGAGGAAGCUGCAGGAGGCACAGGAGUCCCUGUCCUCCAGGUUGGAUGAGGCAGAACACAAGAGCCAUUCACUGCAGUCAGCACUGGACUCGACUCAGGCAGAGCUGUUCGAUCUAAAGUCAAAAUAUGAUGAAGAAACCACAGCGAAGGCUGAUGAGAUCGAGAUGGUUAUGACAGAUCUGGAGAGAGCCAACCAGAGAGCCGAGGUGGCUGAGAGAGAGGCAGAGGGCCUACGGGAGCAGCUGACAUCCGCUAACAAAUCCCUUCAGCUGGCCACGCAGAUCCAGAAGGCCCCUGAUGUGGAGCAGGCACUGGAGGUGCUGACACGGUCCAGCCUGGAGGUGGAGCUCACAGCCAAGGACCGGGAGAUUGGGCAGCUGGUGGAGGACGUACAGAGACUGCAGGCCAGCCUGAGCAAACUGCGCGACAGCUCAACCAGCCAGAUCAGCCAGCUGGAACAGCAGCUCAGCACCAAGAACUCCACACUCAAGCAACUGGAGGAGAAGCUGAAGGGACAGGGUGACUAUGAAGAAGUCAAGAAGGAGCUGAAUAUCUUGAAGUCCAUGGAGUUUGUACCGUCUGAAAGUUCUGCUACACAGGAUGCGUCGAAGCCGCUGGAGGUGCUGCUGCUGGAGAAGAACCGCGCCCUGCAGUCCGAGAGCACCACGCUGCGCAUUGCCAACAGCGAGCUGAGCGGGUCGGCCGGGAGGAAAGGGAAAGAGCCGACACCGGAAGCAAGCCAGCGCGCCGUCACCACCACCUCCACCAAAGCCGCUGCCAUCCUUCAAGCCUCUCCUCCCCCCUCCCAGCUGCUACGGGUGUCUGCCAACCACAGCACCGGCGCUGCAGAGCAGGCCUCCAGCGCCAACGGCACCCACCAAUUCUCGCCCACCGGAAUCGGACAGGAUUUUUUUGGGUCCCCCCUGGUUGGCACAGCCACUGCUUUCCCUCUGGCGGGGAAGGUGGCCCUGAACUCCCUCCUUCAGCGCCAGCUCAUGCAGACUUUCUACUCCAAGGCCCUCCAGGAGUCCAGUGCAGGCACCCCCACCAUGCUCUUUUCCCCUGGGCACUACAGCACAAACUCCCUCUCCGCCAGCCCCCUCCAGCAGCAGCAGCAGUCCGGCAGCCCGGAUGUCAAUGGCAUGGCUCCCUCCCCAUGCCAGUCUGAGGGCGCGGGCAGCGUCUCCGAGGGUGAGGACAUGGACACUGCGGAGAUCGCCCGUCAGGUCAAGGAGCAGCUCAUCAAGCACAACAUCGGGCAGCGCAUCUUCGGACACUACGUGCUGGGCCUGUCCCAAGGCUCGGUCAGCGAGAUCCUGGCUCGGCCCAAGCCCUGGAACAAGCUGACCAUCCGCGGCAAGGAGCCCUUCCACAAGAUGAAGCAGUUCCUGUCCGACGAGCAGAACAUCCUAGCACUGCGCAGCAUCCAGGGCCGACAGAGAGAGAAUCCAGGCCAGAACCUGAACAGAGUAUUUCAAGAGCUACCGAAAAGAAGAAAUGGCUCAGAAGGUACGUCGCGGCCAGGGAACAUUACGACCCGGAUCCGAACCUCAGAGAGCGGGUCUGACGAGGCCAUCAAGUCCAUCCUGGAGCAAGCCAAGAGGGAGCUGCAGGUGCAGAAAACAGUGGAGCCCUCCCAGCCUCCUCCCCCCUCCAGCAGUGUAUCAGGGGGCAGCAUCGGCAGCUCUGAUGAGGCUAUCCGCUCAAUCCUGGAGCAGGCCCGGCGUGAGAUGGAGGCCCAGCAGGCUGCUUUAGAUCCUGUCCUCAAAGCCACGCCCAUCUCCCAGGCCGACCUAUCGCUGCUGUCUCCCAAGCUGCUGACCUCUGCCUCCCUGACGGCUGUCCCCACCUUCUCCCCACUGGCCUUGUCCCUGAAAAAGGGCUCCUCCUCCAUCCUGGACUUCCACUCCGGAGGCUCCAUCAAGAAAGAGAGCACAGAGUCGUCCAUCGCAGAGCUGCAUGGCAUCACCGACGGAGGCCCUAAGCAAGGCAAGAACGCAGAGAGCGGGCGUGGGGGCUCCUGGAGGGACCAGUGGUGGAGCACCAUGCACUCCGAGAGGCGGAGCGCACCCCCUACUGGAGACGAGAGCCGCCAACAGGAGGAAAGCAAAGAGAAGCCCCCCCGGCUGGCAGGGUCCUCGACCGCCCCCUCCUCCUCUUCAGACUACUGGAAGGACUGGCCCAGCGCCGAGUCUCCCUAUUCCCAGGGCUCGGAGUUGAGCAUGCAGGGAGCCAGCUGCAGCGAGACCCCCCAGAGCAGCCCCCUGCCCUCCUCCCCGCUGCUGCCCCUCGGCAAGCCUGCCAAGCCGGCCGUGCCCCCGCUCACCCCUGAGCAGUAUGAGUUCUACAUGUACCAGGAGGUGGACACGCUGGAGCUCACCAGGCAGGUCAAGGACAAGUUGGCCAAGAACGGAAUCUGCCAGCGCAUCUUCGGAGAAAAGGUUCUGGGUCUGUCUCAGGGGAGUGUGAGUGAUAUGCUGUCCCGGCCCAAGCCCUGGAGCAAGCUGACCCAGAAAGGCCGGGAGCCCUUCAUCCGCAUGCAGCUGUGGCUCAACGGGGAGCUGGGCCAGAACGUGCUCCCCCUGCAGGGCCAGCCGCAAGAGAGCACUCCCAAGACAUCAGCGAGCUGCAGCCCAGCCCCUGAGUCUCCCAUGAGCUCGGGAGGGGAGUCCAUGAAGAGCCUGGGAGAGCCGGCCGCCCAGCCCGCUGCCCCGGAGCCCAGCGAGCCAUCCGAGUCCCAGCCUGGCACGCCACUGCCCCCCCCUGGACACUCCGGACUCGGCAUCCAGGAGAUGGUGGCCAUGUCCCCCGAGCUGGACACCUACGUCAUCACCAAGAAGGUCAAAGAGGUGCUGACCGACAACAACCUGGGGCAGCGGCUGUUUGGGGAGACCAUCCUAGGCCUGACCCAGGGCUCUGUCUCGGACCUCCUGGCCCGACCCAAGCCCUGGCACAAGUUGAGCUUGAAGGGGAGGGAGCCCUUUGUGCGCAUGCAACUCUGGCUAAGCGACCCGCACAACGUGGAGAAGCUCAUGGACAUGAAGCGCAUGGAGAAGAAAGCAUACAUGAAGCGGCGCCACAGCUCUGUGAGUGACAGUCAGCCGGGUGACAGCAACCUGGCUGGUCUGGACUACAGCCAGGGGGCCAGUCCCCAGCAUCAGCAGCACCACCUCAAGAAGCCCCGUGUGGUCCUGGCACCAGAGGAGAAGGAGGCCCUGAAACGAGCCUACCAGCAGAAACCAUACCCCUCCCCCAAAACCAUUGAGGAGCUCGCGAGCCAGCUCAACCUCAAGACCAGCACCGUCAUCAACUGGUUCCACAACUACAGGUCCCGGAUCCGCAGGGAGCUGUUUAUUGAGGAGAUCCAGGCUGGCAAUCAGGCAGCAGGGGGUGAGAGCGGUUCUCCCUCAGCGCAGGGGUGCAAGGCGGGGGGAGAGGGGGACAGCUGCGACGGCACCGAGUCCGACGGCACAGUGGAGGGCCGGCCAGGGGGCUCCCUCGGUCCAGAGGAGUACGGAGGGGCUUCAGAGGGGGAGGGGGCCGACCCCAGAGAGGAGGGGGGUCCCGAGACCCCUGCACGCUCCCCCACCUCCCAGGACGCCACUACCUCAACCUCCAGCGCACCAGGCACCAGCGGCCACAAGGGCGGCGCCAUCCAGAGCGUAUUCAGCUUCCCCGACGCAGCGCCAGCCACCGCAAGGAAUCCUAGGGACAGCAGCCUGCGCAAGAAGAAAGCAGCCAACCUGAACAACAUCAUCCACCGCUUGGAGAAAGCAGCCAGCCGCGAGGAGCCGUCCGAGUGGGAGUUCUGAAGCUCGCUAGGGUUGUUAGCAUUUUUUUUUUGUUGCCGCAGCCCGGCAGACAAGAGGAGAAAAGCAAAGGGUCAUUUUGGAUUCCUGGGGGGGAUUCUACUUGGACCUCUUCUGGUUUUAUUCGCAAAAGCACUUAUUAAAGCCCUGCUGGCCACAGGGCCCAUACACCAUAGGCCAAUGGUGCAAAAAAUAUAUAUAUAAAAAGAAACAAAAAGAAAAGGAGAACCAGAGACUUAAAGGAGCAUUAAAACCCAGGAGUCUGAGCAGUUUCAAAAGGAUGAAAACUGUAAACUUUUUUCUUUUUUUUUUUCAGAGGUGUUUAACCUUCUCAAAGUGUUUUUAAUACCGUCUCCAGAGUGAAUUAUUUUCACGCUGUCAAGCUGAAUAACUGUUACAACUUUUGCCUUGUGUGUGUGUGUGCGUGCGUGCGUGUGUGUGUGUGCGUGUAAUUUGGAUCCUUUUUUUGUGCUCGGAUGUCAAGCACGGAAAACUAAAGAAGACAAUUCCAGAGCAAGUCCCGAGCAUUAAAUACCGAAUGGGAGGGGCGUGGAAUAGGAGUCUCUACACCCCCCACCACCUCCUUCCUCUUCUUUUGAUUUUUGUUUUUCCUGAAGCAGCCAUCUGAUGGCUCCGGAGUUCCAUCACACUAUAACGACUUUAGAGAAAAAAACAUAAAUAAGAACAGGAACAAAAAAAUACAUUUUAUAGCUGUUCGGUUGCCACUAAGAGAUUGCACAGUCUGCCGACUCUAAACACACUAGUUUGGAUUCCUAGAUUUUUUUUUGGGGGGGGGGGGGUUGCUGUUUUCAACUUUGAAAGGAAAAUAAGAUGACACAUUUAAUUUCACUUAUUUUUUAACAAAAAAAAAUAUAUCAAAAAAGGUCAUGUCAUGAAAAAAAAAAAAAAAUUGUGGUAGCUGAUCUAGUGUUUUUUUUUUCUUGUGGAGUAGAGUUCUUGAGUAGUGAACAUUUUGUUUUAUAGCUUUAACUGACUUCUAGGUCUUUUGAGGGCCUGUAAGGGGUUUGUUUAAUACACUCCAUUUUAGGCCAAAAUCAGGAAAUAUGGCGUAAAAACAAACAAAAGAAGAUUAGCGUCUACGUAUUUUUUAAACAAAAGAACCUGCUUUUUAACCUCUAACCAUGCUGUUCAGACCUCAUACCCGGGUGGUGUGGGGCACAGGUUUAAAAGUGCUGCUGUGGGGGCUUGUUUUUAGGCUUGUGUGUGCGUCACAGAAAAAUAUAGCGAUUCCAAAAUGCCAGAGUCGCACAGGUCACCAGCCUCACAGACUGACCUGCAAAAUGGCCCAAAAUGACCUGCGAGCAAUGCUGCGAGCAAGACACAGCCGCAGACAUUACACACGUAUGUGUAGCAUUUAUUAAUGUGUAUGUAUGUGUGUGUGUGUUCUUUACACACUCCAGCACAAAGAGGUGGAAUGGUUCAUCUGUGUCGUUGGUCUAACCCUUUAAUUCAGUCCCAUUGUUCCACUGAAAGAUGUCCAAAAGGAGUACCUAUUUUUAAAUACCCAUUGGUUUCCAAAUAUGCUUUCUGAUAUUGUAGACAGUGUAGCAGUCAUACAUUUUACCCAAAGAAAGCUCCUCCUUUGCCACACUCCACGCUGCGAUACCAGAGGAUAGUAUUGCAGUCCAAGCGUAGCAAAACUUACCUUAGGGCUUAUUACUUUGCCAAAUAAAUACUGCUACGACUUAACAGACACAUAGAAUCUGUGAGGUUGGAGGCAGAAGUGCGUCUUCCAGGUUAUUUCUUUUUCCCGAUUGUCAGUGUAAAAUGAUCAAGGAUCAUCCAAUUGCGUUUCUUAUAGAAGCUGCUGUUCAGAUGGAGCACUUGCGAGUUUUGAAAACAAAAUAGCAUGUUAGCCACCGUGCUACAGAGAAGCAUUCGUUAAGCUCACAACUAAACUGAGUGCAAAUGCACUUAGUGCUACGAUACACUGCUGUGCACCUGUGACGUGCAAUACGAUGAAAUGGUCAAUAAUGAUAAAGUAUAAACCUUCAAUGAUAACAUGGUUGAAUACGUCUCCCAUGGAUUCAUUAUUAAAGAGUCACUGUGUGGAAUACAGUACAAGUUCUGUUCAUAUUGUAUCAUUUUCACGAUACACAAUGAACUAUUUCACCUCUACUGCAUGGCAAAGGGACUCCAGUCUAUCAGGACAAAUAUUAUCUAAAUCACUUCUCAGUAUCUAUUCUAAUAUCUGCACAAACGAACACACACGACACGCCUGCCCCUCUUAAACACAAGCCUUGAGUACGCCAGUGCCCACGCCUUCCCUAUUGUCUAUAUGUACGUGUGAGUGUUGGGUGUGUGUUAGCGUGCAUUUGCACACGCGUGCGAGCGAGUGCGUGAGAUUUUAUAAGUCUGUGGGUGUUUUGUACGUACCUGCGCACACACCGAGUGCACAACUGCCACCCUUACUUUCUAAUAAGCUGUGUUUAUCAAUGUAUGGCUUCUACAGUGUAGCUGAUUUUUAGGUUUCUUUUAUCGCCAUAUCUUUAAGACUUCUUACAGUAGAUGAUUUCAGUAUAUAAGGAUUUUAUUUUCGUUCUUUUGUUUUCCGCUUAUUUAUAGGUGCUGUAUUUUUAUUUGAUGUCCAUUUUUUUGUGUUUGUUAGGAAGGGAUUAAAAGGGGGCAAGUUACUUUUUUUAGACUGAUAGACUGCCGGCAGUAUUGGAUAAUAUUUACAAGAUGUCGUUGUCAUACAUGUAUAUUAAUGAACUCUGAAGAUUAUUUUGACUGUGUCAUUUAUAUUGUUUUAAGAGAAAAAUAAGUAAGCAACCGGUGAUGAUAACAUUAUAUGGUGCAUUCAUAACUCGAUAUGAUUUAAUAAUGUUACAGUUUUUUGUGUUUUUUUUCUAGUUUAAUAUUUCAAGAAGACACCAAACAAAAUGUAUCCGUUCAGGAAUCCGCUGCAGGUUUCUUUCACUGUUAGAAGAUGACGUAACCUUUUUUCCUUGCAUGACGUGUAUCUUUUUCAGUAAUUGUAUUCUCUCUCACACUAGUCUUGCAGCAACAGAAAAGCACUUAGCAACUGGGUUAUUCAAGUGUUCUUAAGCUAAUGAAAAAUACUCAUUGAAGUAACAGAAAAGGAGCAGGGAUAGGAGACAAGUGAAUUCAAACUGCUUCAGGAGGCUUAAACUUUGUAGAACAGCACAAAGCCAGCGGCCACUUCUGACUAUAUUUAACUAAGGGUGCAACGAUACACCCAAGACACAGUACAAUGUGCAGGUCACAGUACAAAACCUAGCACCAUGCUGUGUAAUAAGCUAAAAUGUUUAUUAACAAGUGUUAUUUUGUUAAAGACAUUGUUGGAGCACUGCAGUGUUUUGGUGGACUACAAGCGCUGACUGGAGUGGAAGGGCUUGUGUUUUGCAGUGCUACCUUCUAUCGUGUUAGGGUCUUGAGGUCAAAGUAAAUAUACAGGGCCAGUUUGGUUUUAUAAUAACAGUAGUCGGUGGUAGCAUGGCAAAGUGUAUGUAUUGGGGUGCAACCCUUUACAACACUAAAAUCAGCAUGUAGUCUAUAUUUAGGGAAAUAGCUUCUCAGCACUUAAAAGUUCAUUAAAUUGAUGGAUUCUGUACAGCAUUAAAGAUGGAAGCAGUUAGCAAGGAUGUGUCAAGAUGGCAGAUGGGGUGCUUUGCCAGUCCCAAAGUAGUUCCAAAGUGGUAAGCAGCACUCAGAUAGAAAUCUUAUACUUGUGGUCAGGGUUUGCGCUGGCUUUGUCCAAAACUGUGUAGAAUUUUGUUUCUUUUAUUUUUUAUGGAGUAUUAGAUUUGAGUUGCUUUUUAAACACUGUGCGGAUCGCAAGCAGAAAAGGCUUCAGUCGGUAUUCGUUAUAAAAUAUAUACAGCGUUAUCACAGAACCUGGAAAACAUUACCUGAUUACAGUCGUGCAAGAUGCAAACGUGUUCAUAUUGUAAACCACAAUCCCAAAAGUACAGGAAGAAUGAGGUGUGUCCCACUCCACCUUGCUGUCAAAUGACAAGUAGAACAUGUGAAAGCCAGAAUUUGGGCAACACAUUUAAAUUGAGGCACAAUAAUAAUCUCAAAAGAGUAGUCCCAACAUACAAGGAUCAGUCUUCUCUGAUCCUUCAGCACAAGCGUUACCUAAACUCAUGUGAAUAUCCCAGCAAAAAAGGGUUGCCUUAAAUUCCAAUGUACAGCACAUAAAAAGCACAAGCAGGGUACCAGGGCCCCAGUAAUACUCUAUUUAAGAGUUGUGGAAAUGUACCACUCCAUUCAUAAAGCACACAAAUGUGUUCACAGGAAAAUCUCAAUAGCAGUUUAUCUCUGAAGCUGCAGUUACCAAUUAGGCUGAAUGGAAAAUCUCUUGAAUAUACUGUAAAACAUUCAAUAAUUGUGUGUUUAUUACAAAUCUGCUAAAUAUACAUGCCUCACCUCACAGGGUGAUUUGCAAUCACCCCCAUAAACCACUAGAUUGACACCCUAGUCUAACCAGCAUCAUGUUAGCAUAGAAACUGAACUAAGCACUUAAACAGAGACUUAAACAGCUCUGUGAUCUGGGAAACUGACUCCCGUGGCAUAGCAUUGCUGCUGUGUGGCAGGAACAGCAGGGGGCACUGCAGUGACUCUGUGGAAAGUAUGCCUUUACAUAUGGUUACAAACCUAGCACACCCUCAGAUACCGCCACAGCACUGCUGAAAGAGAGAGAGGGAGAGUAAGCAGGAACUCUGGGGUGCAAUGCCUUUAAACAUGUGGUUCCAAACCCCAGCACUCUCUAGAGUCUUGUACUGCGCAGCCAGGGCAAUGCAAUUACUCUGGCAAGGCAGGUUCGUAAAAACGAAGCCCCCUCCAGAGCUCUGUCUCCCUCUAUAGAGCUGUAGCGUGGUAGCAGGGCAGUGCAGUCACAUGAAUAGGAUGCCUUUUUAUACUUGGUUACAAACCAAAGCUCUCCCAGUGUGUCACUGCAGCAAACCUGGCUGUCCCAGUCCAGCAACUCUGUAGCCAUUUUAAACAUACAGUACUUACAAACAGCACAUCUAAUCCACGCACUUAUUGAACUGAGGACCACUCGUUAUUGGAUAACGGAGAAAGGUGACAAAUCGAUACGCUGUAGUUCUUUCCAUCAUUUUUUAAUAACACUUCACAACCAAAGCACAAACAAAGUAGAGCGCUUUUCAGGCCUGCUCGUAAAUGUAGUCUUUUAUACAAGACUAUUUUCAUAAUCAAACCACAUUUCACAAACUGCAAUGGAAACAGUCCUUUACCUUGUAGCUUUCCGGCUUGCUGGUCUAAUUUGCAGCACACCAUCUAUCUAAGAAUGACAAAUGAAACGCAAACAGCUUUCUGGGUUUUAUAGCACUUAGUUUUCCAGAUUUUGUUGCGUUGUUUCAUCUCAACACUGGACCUAAAAUCUGCACUUCGCCAUCACAGUGUGUGGAUGGAGAAACUUGGUCCAUUUAGUGUUGUAACAAAUCUGAAGACAAGUUUGAUUUAAUUACUUAACCAGCUCCCCCAGACACACCAUUAUAUUAAACUCAUGAGUUAUUUAUAUUGUCUGUUUGGAUGGAUUGAAUAAUGCUUGAUAUAUAUGUCACUGAUAUAUAAGUGACAAGCAUAUGAAAUGAUUUGUUAAAUUAAAACUCUCCUGAGUUACAGUUCUGUGACAAUUGUGGAUUGAAAUUACAAAAGAUCUAGGGAAUAGUAAACAUUGGCAAUAAAGCAGUGUACAUUUUAAUUUGAAAAUAGGAAAUGUGUAAGGCGGGUCAUCUUUAAAUGAAAUUACUAAUGAGUUUAAAGCAGUUGCACAGCAAAACCUAACAGGAAACAUUCUGCCGUAAUGAGAUUAAUUUUCGCUAGGUGGCCGUUUUUAUCCAAUAGAUGAACUACUUGUUUCAGUGCAAGGACAGUGAAAACCAAUGGACUUACUGGUAACUGAAGCCUUUUCUGUGUCCUCGCCCCUCUCUGUGUGGUUCUUCAAGCAUUGGCUGUGAUCUGUGUAGGUGCUGAACAGCACACUGCCCUCCCUGCAUCUCUUCAUUUGCAGUGCAUGAGCGAUUAACAGAACUUGCGAUCUGAAGGAGAUUGAAAUCUGGCCUCACAUGAAUCUAAAUGAAGUGGCAAUAAAAUACCUUACAGAAUGCUGUGUUCAAACUUUAAGCCUCCCAGACCGUAGAUAGGUAGUGAAUUUUUUUUUUUUUUUUAAUGAACCCUUCAGUCAGUUGAGGGUGGUCCAUUUCUACUGAAGUAAUUUGGUUUGGUUUCAGAAGCCAGCAGCCGUAGCCUUGCAGCGAAUUUGCACGAUAAUUCACUGAACUGUAGUGUGGCGGUUUUAGGGAAAUCAUUGGGAUUAGGAAGGACAUUGGGGAUUACACUGUAAUUUACGAUCUAGACAGAACAAGACUGUGCAAGGGGUGAAGGAGAUAGAUGGCUACCAGAUACACAGCAUCAUCAGUGCCAGUUUUGAAAUGAAUGGGAAUCCAGCAAGACUGCUUCAUUUUCUUGGGCAAAUUAGGAGACCCCUCCUUGGCAGUUGCUAGAUGUGUUAAGAUGGUAGUGCAGGGCUCCCCCACAUGCAUUAUUAAGCUUUAGUAUCGUUGUCUGGCAGAGGUAAGGCGGUACAGGUGUGCUGGCCUUCCAUUCUGCAUACAUGAUUAUUUCAAAGGUUCGAGGUUCAAAACCUGCCCUUGCUUGCAGUGGAUGCAUAUUAUGACGGUUCUCGAAUCCAGCUGCUUUGAUCUUAGGUCUGCUAAUGAUGGAAACUAGCAUUAGCUUGUUAAGAGCGAUUCUAACACAGUGUAGGUAGUAAGCAGUCGCCAUUGAAAAAGAGAUUGUUAAACUGAAAAUCAAUACCGGAGGUUAGAUCUACUCUCGCACCCCAUUCAAAACCUCUAAAAUCUCAGAAUAAACAAGCAGAUGUGCUCAUUGAAAGCUAUUUUAUUGGGCUGCUGGAAUGCCUAAUUGUGGUGUGAUGCAAUGGCAGUUCACGUAUAUGGUUUCGGAAGCUGCUGUUACUUUGUGAAAGGCUGUAGCGCUAAAAGCUUUUUAUUUUAUUUUUUUUUUGUAUGAGGAGCCUGCUUCGUGGCUAUCAAGGAUCUCUGUCUCAGGAUCUUUAUUCACAUAAUAUAUAUACAAAGUGUUUACCUGUAUCCUCACCUCUAUUUGGAAAAUGAUCCUUGAGUGCCACACGUGGGGGUGGAUGUCGGCCGAUUUCUGUAGAGGUAGGUGUUGAGCAGGAAUAGACAGCAAGCCCUUGAGUGUCCAAAUCCAGGUGUUUUCUGGCAAGAUCUUUAAAAAAAAAAAAAAAAAAAAAAAAAUUAGCCUAGAAUAGGCUUAAUUUCAAAUGCAAAUUGAACUUGUUAUUCCUAUUGAAAAUACGUUUAUAAAAUAUUUCCAGCAGUAGCUCAAGCGUUUGGUAGCUAUAAUUGGAGCUGCCCGCUCAGAAGGGAAACCGGGAGUUUUGUUUUGUAAUCAAAGUAGCAAAUGUUCUACGUUAUAUUUACGAAACAUCAUUAUGUGGUGCGUAUGUCUGAAAUAUUUUUUGUUAUAAAAAUGACUGAAUCAUAAAUCUUUUUGUAUAGUGUUCCAUAUUCUUGUGUCUUUAGCCUGCUCCCCAUUUGAGAACUGCUGAAAAAACUAGGCUGGCCCUUAGCUACUUCAAACAAAAAGCCCCCAUUGUGGGCAAAUGGUCAAAUCCCGAUAUUCAAGGAUGCUACCUAGUGAAAUAAAGUAAAAUUGCAAUAAAGUAAGCAAGGAUUCCCUUUAUGGGAUCAUUAUUAUCAUUUGUGGCAUUAUGUUUUAGCUUAAAAAAAAGUUACAAUGUACAAUUAAAAUCAUAUCAACACAACCACCUCUAGUGAGAACAAACCAUGAUAAUGUAUACAUUUUUGAGUUGCAGUCGUAGUAUUUCAGGUUUUGAACAUAGUGUUAAUGUCACCUCUGUCUUCACUGUUCAUCUAUAUCUCUUUGUAUCAGAUUAUAUAUUUUGUCAUUACAUGAGGCAGCACUUGAGACAUGUGUGUUUUUAUUGUAAUUGGUCCCUGUUUGGGAUGAGUAAUCUUUCCAUUGUGUGGUAGAUGUUUCUGCCGUCCCCCCCAUGAAUUUCGUAUGCCCCCCCUGUGUCCUGGGGGAAAGUUAAGUGACUGAAGCACCCAGGUUGACCAUGGCAACACGUUUCCAGAUGCUAGCUCAGUGGCAAUGCCCUGUUACUAUUAUGUCCUUGCCUCUUUUUUAGCUUUAUUGCCAUUGUCACUGCUCCCAUUAUUCCUGUACUGGUGAACUUUUUAAUGUAUUUUUAAUGUAUUGUUAGUUUUGGGGUUACACACACCCAUGUAGGUUUAACACUGAAGCCAGGAGCACAUUUUCCUGUUGGAUUCCUUUUCUACAGGUAUGACAGCCUGCCUGCUCUGUGCUUUCCAUGUAUUCCCUUACUGGUUACAAUAUUUUAAAAGCAUGUUUGUACAGAGCAGUGACAAUAUAUUGGUCCUCGUUGUUUUAGGAUUUGAUAAUACAGAACCCCAGUUAAUUCGCGGUUAGGCCAUGUUGACAGUAAAUUCUACAUGUGCUGUACUCAAUAUUUCAGAUAGCAAAAUGAUGCGGGAGCACAGUAGAGCUAAUGAGAGGUAUGACAAUGAAUUUUAAAACAUAUACAAGGUCGAGUUGUCCAUUGUGCUAUGAAAUAUGUAUCACAAGCUUGUGUGCAUUUCUAGAAACUCGUUUCUGGGUUAGAAAACUUCUCAGCUGCAGAAAAAGGGUGGUAGUUUUACUAUAGCUGUCACGACAAAUUAAGGGGGCUAUGAAAAAGUUUCCAUACUGCGUUCCGCAAACCACAAGUCCACACACAGCUGUGCCAUGUUACAUAUACCUUUGGGGGCGAAGCUGUUGUGUUGAUUUCCAGCUGCAUUUUGUUGCAAAGACAUCUAGCAACUUAAAUGUAGAACGUUGCUGCCACAUACUGAGCACAUUGGCACAGCCCUGCACAAUGACACAGGCACGUUGGCUGUAUGUAGAAUUGAUGCAGAUUAAAAGCUUAGCAAUAAACGUCUUGCUCUUAAUGCAUUUCCUCAAACCUCCUGGAGGUGGAUGGCGACUGUUAUUCCUUCUAAUUUUGUCGCCCCCCCCCCCCCCCACACACACACACACACACACACACACACUGACUCCAUUGUUGGCAGACAUCUGUUACAAUAAAGACCCUGUCUAGGACUGUUGUAUUGGUAACCCUUCCACAGACUCAUGUACAGACAUGCUUAUUAGAACUACAGUUCCCAUGGAGCCUUGCUGCCGCUCUGACUUUCUGUAAGGCAGCACACCAGGGAUUCUCCACUGCCUGUCUCAGAAAUUGAUAUGAGAAUGAUUGGGCUACCCCAAAAUUCAGGAUAUAGGAACCAUUUAGUGUCUGAUUGACCCAACUCUCCCAAAUUUUUUACCUAAUAGUUUUUAUAAGCUCUUCCCCUCUUGGUGUCUUACAGUUUCAGCUGAGUGUGCGUGUGUGUAUAUCUGCGUCGAGGAGUCGAAUGGUGUCUCAACAAUAACGUUACUGCCUACUGACCCAAGUAAAAACUACCUUGGGGUUUAUCAUUUAGUGUUUAAUGUUCUGGAUGGAUUCCCUUCUGCCUCCUCGUCGCAGUAUAUUUGGCCAUAUCCUGCUUUGUGGAGGUUCUGUAGAGAUUUUCAUUCACAAUUUGUAACUAGCUAACUGAUUCGCCGCCAAUUUACUGGCUCUUACGUCGUAUCACUUUACUACUACCAGAUUUAUAAGCCGUUUUUCUAGAAGAAUAUUUUUCAGCUGAUAUCCAUAAACAGGGACACUACUUUUAUCAAUUGAACAGGCCAUGUUCAUGCUUAAAUAGAGGUCUCCAACCUGCCAUCCUAGCCCCUCGAUGCCUGUUGUAAUGAAUGCAUCUUUUUAAGUGGCAGCUGUGUUUUGAGGUGGAAUGUCACACUAAAUCCGUGAUACAAUAAAUAUAAUGUUACACAUUGUGGUCCAGAUAGACUACUGUAAAUUUCAAUGAGUAGAACAUGAAUUAAUACCAUAAAAAUAUCCUACUUGUUUGUCAUGCGCUAGUUAAUGGUAAUACUCCGAUGUCUUCAAUAGCUUUAAGAUAUUCUUGCCAGUAACCAGGAGACACUUGUUUUAGCAGGAGUUGCUGCAAUUUGGUUGCCAAGUUGGAGGCCUCUGCCAUUCUAGGGUUAAACAAUUGUGUGCAAUUUUCCUUUAUUUUUCAUUUUAUUUUCACUACCAAACUUCACAUUGAAGUUUCUACCCUGUUGUAAAUGGAACCCAGUUGACCAAUGUCUUUCUUUGUGAAAGUAGCACUUGGGCUGCCCCUGUGUUUCCUUGUGGCUCACCUUCUGAAACGUCUUGUGUUUUUCUUUAUAUUUAAAAAAUAUAUAAAUAUAUUAUAAAUAUAUAAGAGGCUGCAUGAUUGGUGGCACUGGGAGGUCACUCCCUCAGCAAGAUAGCGUUGGUUUUCUCUGUCACCUGUCCCAUUCUGAACAUUUGAGUUUUUUAUUUCAGUUCUACCAUGUCAGUCUGUUCUCAGCACUGUAAGACAGUCCCUAUACAAUAUGGAGAAGCAAUAUCACUGUAUGAAACUCACACAAUGUAUUAUUAUUAUUAUUAUUAUUAUUAUUAUUAUUAUUAUUAUUAUUAUUAUUAUUAUUAUUCACUAGCACCCUAGGUGUGAUAAUUGAAGUAAAUAUCUUUUAUACAAACACAA